AUGAGUGCAGAAAAAUACUUCGGUACUCGUGAUUUAUAUCAAAUUCUUCAGUUGAAACCAAAUGCUGAAAUUCAAGAUGUGAAAAAAAGUUUUUAUAAACUGGCGCUCACUUUUCAUCCAGAUCGGGUGCCAAUCAAUGAGAAGGAAGAAGCAAAGGAAAAGUUUAAUGUUAUUCACAACGCCUACUCAAUACUUUCUGAUAUAGCAAAGAAAGAAAUGUACGAUAAUGGAUCACGAGUUCUGUUUACGAAGGUCACUAUAGCAGCACAAUGGGAAAACUUUCUUAAACCAGUAAGCUGUGAAGCAAAAGAAGAAGCCAGAAAAAAGUACCAAGGUUCACUACAGGAGAAAACCGAUUUGAUUAGAGAAUUUGUUGCUGGAAAAGGGAGUCUCACAUAUGUUCUCAAUAAUUUACCGUUCAUGCGAUCAGAAGAUGAAAUGAGAAUAAUAGAAAUAUUGAAAGACCUCAUCGACAAAGGCGAUAUUCCGAAAAUUCCAAUUAAAAAAAUUAGACGUUGA